GGAGGGAGAUCUGAAACUCCCUCCAAAUGGAGACGAGAGGGAGAGAGAAGUCUCCAACAGUCCAACUCCAGGUCAUCGUGUAGUCGGAAGCUUCCCAUUUCGCCAGUGCGGAUGGAUGCUGUGUAAGAAUUCCAUGUGUCGCGGCGUAUUUUUAACGAAUUUGUAUCUUCAUGUUGACACAGUCGCUUUCAAGAUCAGAGAAGCUCUGCACUGGGACCAUGCUUACCAAUAG